UCACUCACCUGCUCCCGCGUUGCCUCCUCUGCGACUGUGUUUCUGGGAACCGACAACAAAAGUCCGCGCUCGGUAUUGGAUGGAAACUAUUUACAGUGUUGGAUUUCAACUCUGCUCUACUUCAAAAACAAACAGGUUGCAAACAUCCUGCGGAGUUUAUCGUCCUGAUCGGCUGCAGGGUGUGAUGGCAGGUUGAUGCUUUAAGGCGCUGUCUCGACCACGUUUGUCACCUUGAGCAUCCCGUCCGAAAAACACCACAGUUGAUGCCUGAAAUCAUGAGCGUCGUGGGACCUCCGUCGAGGCAAGCCAAUGGAGUGGCCAGAUCGGACAGCAAGAUCAGCGCCAAGGCCCUCUAUGAACAGAGGAAAAAAUACUCCAACUCCAAUUUUAUUAUGCAUGAGACAUCACAGUAUCAUGUUGAGCAUCUCUCCACAUUCAUUAUGGACAAGACGGAGGCCAUCGCCACCGUGGAUGAUGCCAUAAAGAAACUGGUCCUUCUGGACCAGAAGGAUAAAAUCUGGACACAGGAGAUGCUCCUGCAAGUCACGGACAAGGCGGUCAGACUGCUGGACUGUGACACACAGGAGGAGUUGGAGAACUUUCCUCUCUCCACCAUCCACAUGAGUCAGACUGUCCUGAAUCAGACGCGUUACCCCUCCGUGCUGCUGCUGAUGUGUCAGGACAAGGAGCAACACAAACCCGACAUCCACUUCUUCCACUGUGACGAGGUGGAGGCAGAGAUGGUUCAUGAAGAUAUAGACAGUGCCAUUGGAGACAACAAGCAUGGGAAGAAAAUGAGGCUUCAGACGCUGAGGUUGAACAAGGAGAAAAUGAACCGUCACAGAGAAACGAUCCUUCCUCCCAUGGCCCCUCAGGGACCCACUCCUGCUGCCAGGGGACGAGUAGCAGCAAUGAACACACAGGACAGACGAGCCUCCAGACAACAUGACGUGGAGUCACAUGAAGCACUGGCCCAGCGCAUUGAGAAGGAUGUUCAAAUCCUCAACUGUGCCCUGGAUGACAUAGAGAUCUUUGUGUCACGGCUGCAAAAGGCAGCAGAGGCCUUUUCUCAGCUCAACCAUCGCAACAAGAGUAAGAAGAAUAAGAAGAAAGGACCAGCAGAGGGCAUGCUGACCCUGCGAGCCAAGCCCCCCUCUGAAGCAGAGGUCAUUGAUAGCCUGCAGAAACUAAAGCUGGCGUUCAACCUCUUGGCCAAACUGAAGAAACACAUACAGAAUCCAAGUGCGUCUGAGCUGGUUCACUUCCUCUUUGGCCCACUGGAGCUGGUGCUGCAGAGCUGUGGAAAUCCUGAAAUGGUGCGUUCAGUAAUCUCCCCUCACCUUUGCAAAGAUGCUGUCGACUUCCUGCGGGGACACCUCACCCCCAAAGAGAUGACCAUUUUCGAGCUUCUUGGGGAGGGAUGGACUAAACCCAGGGCAGAGUGGCCCAGGGAUCAGUGCGCUCCUCCUUAUUACCCAAAAUUUCGUAAUGGCUGGGAGCCGCCGGUAGAGCACUUCAGGACGGCGCCCUGGGAAACGGAGGGACCCACUGCACCAGCAGCAAAUCCCACCAGCCCCAGUUACAGAAGACCUUCAGUUGAUGAAUUUUAUGGAACUCAUUCUUCAAACUCGUCGAAUGGGUCUUACGGGAAUGGGAUGCCCCACGCUCGCAAAUUUGCCAAAAUUCUCUACCACUUUGUAGCACAAAAUGCCAACGAGCUGUCGGUGCUGCAGGAUGAAAUCCUAGAGGUGAUAGAAGAUGACAAACAGUGGUGGAAACUACGAAAUCGCAGCGGCCAGGCCGGCUACGUCCCAUUUAACAUCCUGGACGUGGUGAAGUUAGAAGACCACGAAGUUUACCAGCAAGGCUACGCAGCAUCACCUGCUAGUCCUCUGAGCCAUGGAAACAUGGGUAAACCCAAUGACCAAAUGAUGGAUGAGUUAUUACAGACGAUAACUGCAAACAAAAGCCAGCCCACGAGGAAGUUCCGCGUGGAGCGACCAUCCAGCGCCCAAAUACCACUCGCCUUUGACUCAAACCCGGAGCAGGUGACCGCAUGGCUCACCUCAAAAGGUUUCUCAAAAGCGACAGUUGACUGUUUGGGAAUCCUGACUGGAGCCCAGCUGUUUUCCCUCAACAAAGAAGAACUCAAGGCGGUGUGUGGAGAAGAAGGCCGUCGUGUCUUCCUUCAGGUCUCCGUGCAGAAAGAUCAGCUGGAGGCGACCAAAGGAGGCUCAGAGCUGCAGGAGAUCAUGAAGCGGCAGCUGGAGAAGAUCGACUCUAGCAGCAAUGACUGAAGCAACACGACCCAUCCAGGCGCUUUCCUCCCCUGAACACUCUCUAUAACUGCAGCAGCCUCUUAAAUCAACCUCCGGUUAAUUAUGGCCUACAGCAGAACAUACUGAAAUGUAUACAUUUUUAAUUGUAUAUUUAUUUUGUAUCACCCAACAUGUAUGUAUUCAAGUGUUUUCUUAUCUCAUGUUGCUUUUGUUUGGAUGUCUCAUCAGAUUCUGUUGCAUGAAAAAAGGAAUCUGUGUACAGUUUUGUGCACGCGUAAGUGUAUGCACAACAAGCAUGUAACGUACAUUAUUGUACAAGCAGUGUGAUGUUGAUGUAAAUGCUCAUUGUUAAUAUUGCGGCUGUUUACUGAAUUACUUAAUAAGUAGAUCUUAACUACUGCAUAUCUAAAUCUGUGCCAGAAUGUAUGACACAUAUAUGAUAUAUAGCCAAUUAUUUUCACAUUACUGUUUACAGGUGAAAUAAAUAAUAAAACACUCUCUAUGUUAGUUCUCAUCGGAGAAGUAGUCUCAUCCUGACUGGAAACUGCAGAUCAUGCGGUUGGUAUUACUAUGGAUAAAGAUGUUUAUAAUCAGACAUUCUGGCAAGCUUAUAAGCACUAUAGAGAAGCUGUCAAUAAUCCUGCAUGAAGGUAUUGUCAAUGAUAGUAAGAUGCUGUUAUUAAUGUGUUUUUAUCCAGUCUGAAUCGCACAGACACACCGGAAUAAUAAGGAAUAUAUGAGAUUAUGUCGUUUUGAUGUGAAUAAUUAAAUGAUGAUUUCAACAAAACAUUUAAAGGGGUUGUAAAUAUGAUGGGACACUGUUUAAAAGAAAUAAAAAAAACAAAUAAACUUGGUAAAUAUUUGA